AAGUAGUUCGUGCAGGUAACAGGUGUGUGUUGAAGUGCUGCUAACGGUUUUGGGUUAAAAGUUGUGGCCGAGGUCCUGAAACUGUCAGUUUUGAAAGUUUUGUUUUAUUAAAAGUGUGUUGAUUAUAUGAACAUAGAAACAAUUGCCUAAGAUAUAUAAUUCUUCAGUGCGUUUUUAAGUGGUAAUUUAAAAACUUGCAUUGUAAAGGAGUUAAAUCUGGAUGAUAUAGACAGAACUGGAAAUUUGGACGCCAAACGGACAGAGGAGAGUCUGUGUGAUGCGGAGGUCAGCCCGUGUCCCGUUAGAGGACCCACGGCCUCGGCCCGCUCCUUGACCAUUAGCGAACACAGGCAGAAGGAUGGCCCCACCCAUCCCUGUGACGGAGGACACUCCGCCGGACAUGUUGGCUGGUUCCACGGACCUCUCGGUCGUGCUACCCUCCGGCCACUCACUCAAGAUGAGCGUGGAACGCAGCACACCGAUGAUGGACCUGCUAGUACAGGUGACCACAGCCAACAAGAUGUCCCCGGCAGGAUACAUUAUCCAACCGCUCAAUGAGCAAGGACCUCUGCCUUACAAGCCUUCUACACCCAUCGGUGCCUUAGAUGCAUGGACAAUUAAUGUAGUGCCUAAACAAAAUGUACAUUGUACAUCUGUUAAGAAGCCUCUAAAAAUGUUGAAUCAACCUUUUGAGCAGACAUUUCGCCUGCAGGUUCAUUUGCCUCGCAACCAGUUGUAUGUAGCCCGAGUCAGUCCUAGGACAAGGCUAGCUGACAUUCUGCUACAAGUAUGCUCUGAGAAAAACCUUGAUCCAAUAAAGUAUUCUCUAAGACAUCCCAGUAAUUUGGACCAAGUUCUUGCGUUGUCCUGUACUCUUGGAGAUUACAAACUUCAAGAGGUAACUCUAGUCUGUAACCGAAGUCAUCCUGUGGAAGUGUCAAGUGUUGACAUAAUGUCACUGCAGAGGGACGCUACCAACCCAGCUUACAGGAGUACCCUGUGCGAGGGCAGUGUGAGCAGUGGCAGCCUGGAGGGCCGGAGUCUGUCCCCUGUUCCUUCCGACGGUUCGUCGCCUCUCCACCCCCCUCUUCCUCCUAGUCGUCCAGUCAGGAAACGUCGUCCUGCACCAAAACCUCCAACUUUAAAUAAAAAAGUGCCAUCUACAGUGAUCUAUCACUCACGCAACAGUUCAGAUUCCAGUGGAUAUCAUGAGGCAUCGGUUCUCAGUGAAAGCCCACAAAACAAUAGUGUUGCUGAGUCUCUGUCAAGACACAAGAUGGAAAGUGUCUCAGAAGCUGACCCGCCUACAACUCUGUCCCAGUCCAUGACUGACAUGACAGCAAUAGAGCCAUCCCUUCGACAGGCUACCUCAUACAACUCUAUUACUUCCCUAAGUUCAGUCCCAGGUCGCAAAAAAAAACCUGCUGCUCCACCUCCUCCAGUCUCCAAUAGCAGAUCAUCAUCGGUGGUCGAAGAUAAGCAAAGGACACCAUCAGUUUCUUCAACUGCUUCUUCAACUACAACUCUUGAUGGAAAUGAAGUGAAAGUGGCAGUUAAGUCAGCAACACUUCCUCCGUCAAGCCGACUGAACAGUGUACCCACGGAGUACUCUUCCCCUCCCAGUCCCGCCCCUGUUGCUACUGUAGAUGUUGAGCCACUCCCCCCCACCACUCCCCAAGUGGCCCCUGCUCCACGACCAAGGUCCAGGCUUGUAGAUGAUAGGUGGCACACCCAGUUGAGUCUUACAGAAACUGUUCCACCUCAACCGAAACCGAGGAAACUUCUACUAUCAUCUUCUCAGUCUUUAGAAGACGAUAAAGAUCUUACAGAAGAUGAGUCCAAUCUCAAAGAAACCAAAAGUCCAAAACAAUUGAAGUUUAUGAAUAGAAAAUUCCAUGAUUCCGUCUUUAAAUCUCACAAGGCAUGCAUAGAUGAGUUAGCAUUUAAAUUUGAGAGAAGAGACUCAGUGCCAGGUGGUGAUGGAACCAAUAUAGGAGGGAACCAGAGUAAAAAUAAUUCUGAAGAGGAAGAGAAACAUAUUUCUGAGACUCCUGACGUUGCUGAGAGUGUAUCCGAGCCAGUUGCUGUGGAGUGUCAGCCACCAGAAGAUCUGGCACAGAUUGUCCCCACUCAGGCUGCAUUGGUGAUGGAAUCUAACACAGAACCUGAAGCAGAUAAUUUGGACAUCAGAAUGGCAGAUGAAGAAAUUGAUAGGAUAUUUAUGAAUGCUACCCAAAGUCAUACUAGUCCUCAUUUGGAAGAAGAGCAGAUAAUGUCACUACCUUCUUUGCCAUCUCCUCCAUCUUCAUUAAUACAAAGUGAAUUAAAACAGUCUUCUAAUGAUGAUCAUCUGGAUUGGGAGUACAGGCUUCCUGCCCCUCCAACCUUUAGAGAUGAAUCUAAGUCUCCAACAGUAACAGAAUUUGGUACAAUUACAAUUGGGAACUUAAGUGAUGUGCUUAUUUCUGAUACUGGUAGACAAAAUAACUUAAAACAGUCAGAAGAACCGGAAGGAAUAGUUGAAAAUAACAGAGAUAUCACAACUAUUAAUGAUAAACAAUCAGCUAACAUAAGUAGAUCUAAUUCAGUUCAAAUUAAUGGAUCAACAGAUUUAGACAAUGACCAUCCUAUUACAGAAAGUGUUGAACAGAAUGUUAUAAAUGAACUAUCUAAUUUUAUCCAAAGACCUAACAAAAUUGACGUUGCUGAUGUUGAAUCAAAGUGCUUAAGUCAGGAAUUGCCUUCAAACAGCACUUUAGAUAAUUUUACGAUAACAACAUAUAAAGAUACAAAACCUGUUGAAGUUUUUGAAGACGAUUCAGUAAAAAGUUCAGUUGGAGAGAAGAGAGAUAAAUCCAAGGAUGAUGCAGUUUUUCGAGCACCCAAACCAAGAGUAAAAGAGCCAAAUCUGUCUAGAACAAGUUCAUUUAGCAUGGAAAAUAAACUGAAUGGGCCAUUAAUAAAAAGAUCUGUGUCAUACGUUUCACUGCUGGCAGCUAAUAUGCCCCGACACUCCCAGCCAUACCAGGCUCUCCUGGGACAGCAGUUCGGCACCUCUACCACCAGUGAUUUGUGGCCAAGGUUAAGGAAAACAUCAAGUGAAAUUAAUAUUGAUAAAAAAGAUGACACACCAGGAGCAAGUUCUUUCCCUCAGGAUAACACAUCAGAGCUUCAGUCUGUUCAGGUUCUGCGUAACAUUCUGAGCCAGUCACAAGCAAACUUAACCUCCAGCCUUGAGCCAGAGUCAGAUCUUCAACACAGAGAUCCUCCAGAUUCUAUCCAGAGAUUGGAGGAUACUAUUGACAACAGUGCUGGUGGCUCAAAGUUGGGAAGAAGUCAGUCAGAGGAAAAACCUGUUACUUGGAACAAAGUAUCUAAAAUUCAGCAUUCAGCAUCACUAGAUCAAGAAUAUCCAAAAUCACUCACACAAAGAGGUCCACCAAAUAUCAAUCUCUCUACCUGGCACGAAAGACCAAAGAGACAGGUUUCCAUAAAGAAUGAUAGUGAUUAUACUUCUGGAUUUGGAAAAAAACUUGUUAUUCAAGAUGAAAUGGCAGAAGAAAAACAAAAUAAUAUUAAAAUUACUACACCAACAAACUUGGAAAAUUCUUCAAGGAAGUCAGAACAAGUGGAAACUAGAACCUUGCGUGAGCAAUUUAAAUUAGAAGGAAGGUCCAAGAGUAUUAGUGAUCUAUCAAGAAUACCAGUUGUUACAGCUGUAGAACUAAAAAAACAUUUCACAACACACAAUUUUGACAAAGCCUUGUUAAAGCCGGUCCAUUUAGUAGAAGAUGCAAAUAGUACUAAUCUUACUAAGUCUGAAACCUCUGCUCAUAUUGACCAAGACAGUAAUAGUGAUAACAAUGCUUUCAUUGGGGUAAAUUCCUUGGCAAGAAAGUUUGGAGUGCCUCAUAAAAGGCCAAUGUCAUUGUAUAGUACAAGUUACAAUAAAAAUAAACUUGAGUUACAACCUGAGCCUCAAGAAACCACAAAACCGUUGUCAAGCACAUUCGGUAACAAAGGAAAUUUCUCCACCGCAGAAGUGAAGAAAACCAGUGAAAGAUCAGAAGGACCAGAUGGUAGACAUCACGGUAAACUAAAUUUAACAACUUCAGAAAUAAAAGCCCAGGCGAGAAUAAGUUCAGGAGGAAUUUUUGUUGAUGAGUCCAGUCCUUCCUCACCAUUGCCACAAACUCCUCAGGUAGAUCGAAUAGCUGAAGAGUUUCUUAAUACCUCCAAUUCAACAAAUAAUAGAGAAAAUAUUUCUCGAUUAGUAACAAGAUCAUCUAAUGAUCCUGUUGAAAGCCAAACUAAAGAUGUGCGCAAGAGCAUAACACCAGUCACCACUCCUAAUGCUAUAUCACCUUCCAGUCCCACUCAAAAAGUUGCUUCAACUGUAGUAUUUAGACAAAGUCAAACUCUAGAUAGAAAAACAAGACCAAUAAGUUUACAGCCAGUUGUUAAAGGAUUCAGAUUAACAACAGAAGUGUCCAAAGACAAAUUGUCACCCUUAUCUCCAAAGACCAAAGAUUUCAGAACUUUUCCAAUCACAGUAAACAGUGUGACAAAUCCAGUUGAGUCCAUUCACAAGAUAACGUAUCAAAGGGCAUUAAGUACUCCAGUUAUUUCAUCACAUCCUUCAGCAAACAUCAACAAAGAGCCAGCCAAAGAAAAGAUUCAGAAUAAAGUAAGCUCGGUCCCUUCAACACCUACCAAUGUAUCAAAGGAGACAGUUCCCACUCCUCCUCCCCCUCCACCAUUCAUCCCCAUUUUAAAACCUGUAGGUAGUAGAAAUGUGAAACUUUUACCUCCUCCUGCAGCUAAACCAAGAGAUCAGCUGAUGUUGUCUAUUCGAUCUUUUAAUAUCGAUAAACUGAAGCCAGUGUUAACGCAAACCAAAUCUAGUGAUAACAAUAAAGACUUAAUCUAGAAAAUAAGUUUUAAGAAUUAUAAUGACUUUUAGUUAGCUAAUCACUUUAUUUACCUGAUUUAUGUUUAGUAGCAUCACUGUUUUUUUAUCAAAAUAAAGCUCAAUUAGAAAGGAACUAAUCCUAGUACGAGUUGCUAAACAAACAAUUACAUUUAUGUCUAUUCAGGUUAAUAAUGUUUUGGUGAUAGUCAUCUGGUAAAUUAAGAUUUUAGAAUUUGAGUCACAAUAUUCACUUUGUUCUUUACAAAACUACAACUGUUGUAAAAGAGAGUAAUGUAUACAAAAUAAAAAUCCAUUCCUGGCUGAAUAAAUUAUUUUCUUACCAUUUGAGGAUUUUUUGUUGAAGUAAUAAAUUAAGAAUAUUCAAGACAAAGUAUUUAUUUACAUCAUCUGGAAGUAACAAUUCUUGUUUCUGUUCAAUAAGCCUGUAUAUAGGUUAUAAAACACACACCAUGUAUAUUAAACAAUUAUGUGGAGCAUAGUAAUCUGGAAAUUAAAGUGUAACAUAGAUAAUAUUCUUUAUUUGAUAUUACUUAAGAAAAAUAAAAUGGCAUCAUUAAAAUUGAAUGAUUUAUUACUUUACAUUAUUUUGAGUUGAUUGAUUUUAGUAGGUUGAAGAACUUGUUUAUUGAGUACACUGGUCAUUCCACUAGCAUUCCCAAAAGCUGCCUUUUGAGUCUAUUCCCUGUAGUUACGGGUGUGACAACAAACGAACUGACUCUGCUACUACUCUAGUCAGGAAAAAUGUAUAGGCAACACACUGAAACUACUGCACUUAUGUGUCAAGGAAAGAGACAUCGGAUUUAUAGCUAGUGGAUUUACUGUAAGGUAAAAAAAAUAACUUGCUCAAUCUAUUCCGGUAUUCAACUUAUUGGAGUUCAUAGUAAAUAUCUCAUUCAAUCACUUGAUAGAAAUUGUAUAGUUUUAUAUGUGGUCCUCCACCCAUACUGUAUUUAAUAGUCUUAUUUUAAAUCAAAUCACUAUUUAAAAAUGUUGAAUGUUUGGACUGGUACCAGUCAUAAUUUUGAUAGAAACUACUACUGAAAAAAAGGAGAAACAGAAGGAUUUUUAACAAUAAAUUUGUUAAGGAAGACAGUUAAGUAAAAAAUCUAUUGUAAUUAUUUAUAGACUUGUCACUGGAAUCAAAUGAGGAGAAAUUGCCAAUCACCAGACUAGUUUUUUCCAAUAAAAUAUCAUAAUUGAAUAUUUUAAUGACUAAGGAAGUAUUAAUAAUUUAUCUAUUAAGAUUUGAUUUAAUUUAUGUAACAUGUUUCAUAUUGAAUAAAUUUUUAAUACAUUUAAAAUUCAACUUAACAGCGUUUGUUAUAAGCUACUCUAACCUUACCAUAACAUGUAAUAUUAACUACUUUUCAAACAGAUUUUAAUAAUGUGAUUUUUCUAUUGAAAUAAAAUAUGUAGCAAUAAUUUUCAAAAUGACAUUACAAAUAAGUGUACAGUAUUUCACAUUCUUCUCAUAAAAAUAAGGUGUAUUAAUUAUUAGACUGCACUUCGUUACUGUUAAGUUCAUGUAAUAAAGUAUGUUAUUCACUUUAAGUUAUUUGUACAAUUGAAAUGAAAUAUUGAAAGGACUAAUAUCAGUAGCUAUUUUUGCUAUUAAAAAAUAUUACAUUAUCAGAUAUUUAACUAAAUAGAUUUUUAAUACUCAUAUUCGAUUUGCAGGCAUGCUAUUCAAUUUAUUUUAAAUUUCAUUGUUCUUACACCUUUGACAGGAAUUAAUUAGUCCACAUUUGAAUGAAAUAUGCCAUCUAAUCUUGACUUGCAUAGAUUUUUUUACACUUUUCAUGCAUCAUAGUCAUCGAAUUGGACAUCUAAUUACUACAUUGUAUAAUGGUUACUGUUACUUUAUUACUUUAUACAGUUAAAUGAGAUGGGCAAAACUAUCACUAGUACUUUCUUCCCCUUGCUAAACUGUGAAUUAAAAUUUUGGAUUGCUAUGGAACAAGGAAAGAUCAUCUUGCUCUGUGUGUGCUUUAUAUCUCCUACCUUUUCAACCAGUGUCAAAAGAUAGAAGGCAUUUGCUUUUAGUCAGAGGUAUAUUUUGUGCAGUUUAAUUCAAGUAUAUAACUAGAGCACAUAUCCACCUAUACUGACUGACUGCUUCUCCCUCCCCCCCCCCUUAUUCUAUUUGAUAAGACAUUGGUUACAUCUGAGGCAAGCAGAAUAUUAAAAACCAGGGGGAAAAUAACAGUGAAAUAAAAAAUAAUGAGCCAACAUCUUCCAGGUUAGAGGGGAUGCCUUCCAGAAGUUUUAAUGAAUAAAUGUGGAGAUUUAGAUUUAGUUGUUAAAGAUUGCUUUAGAAAAGAAUUCAAUAACAUCUACAGUGAAUGCAUACAAGUUGUUUAGUACCUAAAUGAUUUUUGCAUGUUAAAAUGCAAUUAAUACAGAUAAUAAAAGAAUAUAAUAAAUUAUAACUUCUAUGAAUAGAGAUUUACAUGAAAUAUUUUUUCAUUACAUGUUUAAACAUUUUUUUGCCAGGAAUGGAAAGAAAUUCAUACACAUUCCAAAAUAAAUAAAAUAUGUACUAUGCAAACUUUAAAUGUAUAGCAAUCAUACUUAUCAAACUUUUUCUAGCAGAACAUACAAUAUAAGUUAUACAGAUUUGUUAUGUUGUUUUUCAAAUAAUGUCUUAAAAUAAAAAAAAUGGACUUUCAUAUGUUUUUAUUGAUAUGGUAUCUUUGUGAGUCAUGGUUUUAGGUUUAAUGAAAAUAGGUUCUGUGAGUGACCUAAUUAAACUACUAUUUUAUACAAAGUAAUAGUUUCUAAACAUAUCUGAAAUAACGUUCUUUAAUUUACAUAACAAAUUGUAAUACAAGGUUAGUGUAUCUCUUAGUGAUAAUUUAUUUAAAGAGCUAACACCAAAAUUUAAGUAGGGAGAUACACAUAUCUACAAAACUUCUGAUCCAAGAGCAUCUAUAGAGGGUCUUCUCUCCCUCUAUUUUAGAGAGCAGUGUUGUUUUGUUAUUUUCCAUUUGUUAUGUAUCUUUCUUGUUAUUUGUCUACAUGGAUUCGGCUCAUUAAUUUAUCUUUAUUUUCAUUUACUAUAAAAAUAAUUAUCACAAUAAUAAAUCAUUCUUUAGCUGAUCAUUGACAUUGCUUCCCAAAUUCAGGACAGAUUGUGCAUGAAAUAAUUAAAACGAAAGAAAUUCCCAUUGACCUUUAGUAGUUUCUGGCAUGCACAUGACCUAAGCUUAUCAAACAAUUAUAACUUUUCAUCAGUGGCAUAUUUCUAGAAAACUACAUUUAGUUUGUAUAGAAACAAUUAGAGGUCCAUAUCACACUCUCAACUGAACCCCUGUAAACAAGUGACAGGAAAAAAUCCUUAACUGUUAAAAAAUAUUUGUUUUAAGAAAACUAACUUCUGAACAUUGUCAGAUAUCAGCAUUACAUUACAUUAUUUUAAGUGUUACAAUAAGUGUACUGCUUUAUAAUAGUCAAGCAAGAAGUGUGCAUUAAUUUCUUUUAGUUCAGUUGUUAUUUUGAUUAUAUCUUAUAGUCAAGACAUAUGCCCUUGAUAUUCUGUAGAAAUUAGAGAUGGUUAAAGCAGAAAAUUAUAGCACGUUGUACACUUUUAAUAUUAAUGAUGUACAUAUUUAUAGUAAUGAAUAUAAAGAUUUGUGUUUGUUAUUGAUUAACGUUUUCUUUACAUACAUACAAUGUUAAAACAGAGUUGAAUUUAUUUUUUUCUGUUCUGGAUGUUACAUAGUACUGUUAUUAAAUUUCAUACAAGUUAAUAAAUAUGAUGAUAUAUUAUGCAUAUUAAACAAUACGUUCUUAAGAUACCAGUCUUACACUCUUCUGCUUAAGAAAACUAAAAACAUCACAUGAAUCUAUGAAGGUUGAGACUUACAUGCGUUAGUGUUGGCUGGGCUUUAGUGUAAAUGGCAUAACAUACACAUUAAUUAAGAGGACUAAACCUAUACAAAAACAACUCAUCAAACAAAGAUACUUAAACUGGAACUUAAUGUUGACACUAAGUAACGGAAUUCCUGUUGUGGACAGGCAAUCAUGAUUAGUGCAGUCUGUUACCUUAGAGUUGGCUCAUGUAAUACAAUCUCUGACUCCUGGCAGUCAUGAAUUCAAAUUUGUUGUAUACUACCUAUCUUAAAAGCAUGUAAUGGAAUUUUUAAUACAACCUUUAGAACUUAUCAAAUCAUUAUUAAAAUGAAAAAUUACUUCAAAGUAGUAAAUUAUUAUUGGUUUUUUAGCUCUAUGUUUAACUAUCUUGACAUUGAUGUUAAAAUAAAAUAUAACAAAAAAUUAUAAAUAUUUUAACAUAUCUAAUAGAAAGCACUAAUAAAUUGUAACUAUACUUGCAAUACUAUGAAUAAGUUUUAUCACAUAAUAUUAAUAAUUAAAAUGUGGUUGUACGAUCCUGAUUGACAGUAAAAGAUUAUAAAAUUCGAUUUAUCAUAAUUCAAUGAAAGUAGUUGAUUUGUAACCAGUUGUAUAGUGGGGACUUAUGAUUGAAUGUGAAUGGACAUUUGUUUAAUAUUUUGAAAGGUGUUGUGCCUUAUAAGAGUGCCUGCACCCAGUAUUACUGGAAAAGGAUUGUCAAUAAUUUAAAAGCAAUUCUUUUACUAUUGUCAUUUUUCUGUUGGUAUUUUUUUAUCCUUUGUCUCUCUAAGGUCUUCGUUAGAAAUUGUAUAAAAUUGUUAUAUAUUUAUUUGUUGACUGCUGCAGCAUAUGGAUUGACUAAUUUAUUAUACAUAAAAUGAAUUAGCAUAAUAUAUUAUAUAUAUGUAUAUGUUCUGUUAUAUAUUAAAAAAAUAUAGUAUAUAUUCUUACGUA